AUGAUUUUCCGAUCUCAUGGUCAGAGUCCAACUGUAGGCUGGACUUUCCUGUUGUGGAAAAGACUUGCAGUAAUGGAAGCAGAGCCGAGGUAUCACCAGUUUGGUCCUGUGUCCACUGCGUCAGUGACUUUACAAAAAGGUAUAAAGAGUAUUGUUUACUUCUUGUAUGGUGUCCUGUUGCUCCUGCUGUUUGUUCUGCUGUUAACAACAGGAGUCAAAUAUAACCCUGAAGCUCAAAGUCAAAAGGAAGAACACAGACAGCCGGUAUAUCUCAAAGAAAUUUCCCCAGUUCAGGGACAAUGUCGAGAAGGAUGGAUCUUUAAUGAAAAAAGAUGUUACUUUGUGUCGACCGAGUCUGCGUCUUGGAGCGACGCUGAGACACAGUGUAAACGUCUCCAGGCUCAUCUACUCGUCAUAAACAACGUGGGGGAACUUUUUUUGGGAUAA